AUGAGCUCCGAGGAGCACCACCAGGUCAACCCCCUCAUUCCGAAGCAGUCCCGCACCCCGUACCACAUCAGCGGCAAGCCCGAGAAGCAGGACCUCGUCGACGAGUACAAGGGUAAGAACCUCAACGCCCUUCGCACCCCCGCCCUCGUCAUCGACCGCGCUGUCUUCGCCCGCAACUGCACAAAGGUCCACCAGAUCGCAAAGUCCCUUGGCGCCAAGUUCCGCGCCCAUGUCAAGUCCCACAAGACCCCUGAAGGCACCAGGCUGCAGCUCAACUCGAACGCCGAUGAGACCCAUUCCAUCGUCGUUUCCACCGUCAUGGAGGUCUGCGAGGUCUUCCGCGCCGGCCUCAUGGCCGACGGGACCGUCAAAGACGUCCUCUACGGCCUCCCCAUGGCCCCAAACAAGAUCGCCGAUCUUUCUGCGCUCACCGACGAGCUCGCCGCCGUCGGUGCCUCCAUGCGCAUCCUCGUUGACCAUCCAGACCAGGUCCGAGUGAUCGAGGCCUGGGAAGCCACCAAGGCGAAUCACAGGAAAUGGUCGGUCUUCAUGAAAGUCGACUGCGGGAACCUUCGUGCUGGUAUUCGCCCUGACUCGCCCACAUUCGAACUCCUCCUCCGUGCCGUCCUCGCGUCCCCUUCGAUCUCGAUCUACGGUUUCUAUACACAUGCCGGAAACUCGUAUGCCUCGACGUCGUUCGAUCAGGCUACGCAAUAUCUCCUCGAGGAGAUCAACGCGGUCAAUUCGGCCGCCGCGCUCGCCAUGAAGAUCAUCGCCAGCACCCCUGGAUUGUCCCAAUCUGCAGAACCCUAUGUGCUCUCCGUAGGCGCCACGCCGACAGCGCAUGCAGCGACGAAGGAGCUGAGAACCAAGCUCGAAGCAUCUUUGAAUGGUGUCUUGGAACUGCACGCAGGAAACUAUCCGCUUCUGGAUCUCCAGCAACUCAACACUGGAUUGAUAACUCACCGAGACAUUUCCCAGCGGGUUCUCGCCACUGUGAUAUCUUAUUACUCCGGCCGCGGCGAGGACGGUACCGACGAGGCCAUCUGCGACGCAGGAGCGAUCGCUAUGAGCAAGGACACCGGGCCGCGCCCAGGAUAUGGUGAUGUAAUCGGGAAGCCGUGGAGACUGGCGCGGUGUUCGCAGGAACACGGCAUCCUGAGCCAGAUGCCAACGUCGUCAUUUGACCUUGGACCGCUCCAGGGUGAUGGUGGGCUGAAGUUGGGCGAUAUGGUGCAAAUCGUCGGGCAGCAUGCGUGCCUGAUCUUGGCGGGCUACCCGUGGUAUUACGUCGUGGACUCGGACGUGAGCGACGGGAACGUGGUGGUGGAUGUCUGGGUGCCCUGGAAGGGGUGGUAA